AUGAUUCCACUGCAAAUUCACCACCUCACUCCACCCUACUUGCCAAUUUCCCAAACUACCCCUCAUCUCCUCUCUCCCUUCUCCCAAAGACUCCAACUUUCCUCCAAACCCAACCUCCUCACCUUCCCCCCAAUUCCACUCCCAAAACCCACCUCCAAGCUUUUAAGGGCUUCACAAAGUCAGUCUCUUUUCUUCGGAAAUGAGGAGGACACCACCGGAAUUUCAUCUGGUCUCGACGACUUGUCCCCAAACGGCGUCGUUUACCGGAAAACACUUGCAUUGGUUGAGUGCUCCAUGUUUGCUGCUCUUACUGGGUUGGUCUAUUUCCUCAGCAAUUCUCUCGGAAUUGAGAAUUACUUUGGUUGCUUCUUUUCGCUGCCAAUAGUGAUCACCUCCAUGAGAUGGGGCGUCGCAGCUGGAAGGAAAACUAUGGUGGCAACGACUAUGCUGUUACUUGUCUUGUCUGGUCCGCUGAAAGCCUUAACCUAUCUGCUUAAGCAUGGACUAGUUGGCUUCACAAUGGGAAGUUUGUGGAGGUCGGGAGCAAAUUGGACUACUUCCGUUUUGUUGUGUGCAAUUGUUCGAGCAUUGGGUUCUGUAGGCUAUGUUUUGAUCACUUCUUUCUUGAUAAGAGAAAACAUAUUUGCUCUGAUCACCAUAAACAUUCAUGCUUCUCUAACAUUCAUCUUCACAGCAGCGGGCAUCUAUACAGUUCCAUCGAUGGAGGCGAUAUAUGCCUUGUUUAGUAUUCUGGUUUUUAUAAAUAGCGGUUCCUUCACGUUCUUGUUGCACCUAUUGUAUGCUGCCUUCCUUUCGAGGCUCGGGAUGAAGGCAUCUUUAAGAUUGCCAAGAUGGCUGGAGAAGGCGAUAUAACAGCAUUUGAGGGACUGUUAGUGUUGAUUAUUGGAUGGGUUGGGAUAUGGCGACAAGGAUUGUGUAAGCAUUCCUGCUGUGGUAUCAUGUAUCAUCAUCAGUCAUCAUUGUUAAUGACUACAAUCUUUACUUGUAUAACCUCAUUUGAGUAAAGGAGAAUACAGAUUUCCGUUGGUCUU